AUGCUAUUUUCCACUUGGCUUGGCAACGUCGACGUUUUUCUCCGCCCUCGCCAUAGAAAUACGCCAAUAACAACCAGCAACGCAAUUCCAAGCGGUACCCCAAUUCCAACACCAACUUUCAGUACCUCGCUUGUCCCGUUUGAUGAUACUGUGCUCGUGCUCGCGGCAAUGGUCGAAAUUGUCGAGCUUGUCAUGGAGGUAGUGGCAGGAGAAGGAGAUGCUGAACUUGUCACGGAGGACAAGGUCGACGAGCUAGUCAACGAGCUAGUCGUGGAGCUGUUCGUGGAGCUGGUCGUAGUCAUUGAGCUACCAAUUGUUGUGAAGAUUGAGAUGGUGCCAUCGAGAGAAAAGGUCCCGUUCCCAGUCUGA